CGCUGCUUGAUGCCAGCUUAGCUUGGUUAUCCUGUGCUGCUGCUGCUGCUGCUGCUGUUCCUCUGUAUAGCCUUUUUCUUUCUUUUGGGUGGAUAGAAUAAUAAGAAUAAAUUUCUUUUCCCCUUUAAAAAGAUUAAUAAUUCUUCUUUGGCCCUGGCGUUUCAGCUUCUCGAUCCGCCCCCCAGUCUGUCGCUUUUGUUAUAGCUAUUGUCGCCGUAUAAGAUGUCAGCAGCCUCCUCCUCCAAGACGAUCGAUGGAUCGAAGAGAUGGAAGGGCAAUGAUUAUUAUUAUAGUCUAAUAGCACCUAUACUUCGGUGACUCAUCACAUCUCUCUCUCACUCUCCCGAGAGCGCCAUGCCAUGCCAUGCCAGUCACCGCAUUCAUGGCUUGAAUGCCCAUUUCGCCAACAUUCCCCUUUCUGCCACCGCCCGUUAGUAGGUUUUGCAGUGCAUUUGCCUCCUUCUUCCUGGGAGCAUAGCGGUGUAUUUUUUUUGGGCCCAUGGUCCAGACUUCGGUGGCGGUGGAGAGAGAGAGACGUGUAUAUUACGCAAUCCCAGCUAUCGCACAUCUCCGAUGGAAAAUGAUCGGUGGGCAAAAGGGCUGUGGUGGCUCAAGGCGGGAUGUGCUCUUCUUGAUGACUCAUGCAGGAGGCAUGAUCAGCUCAACGUUGUCUCAGCUCGACACAUCCCAUCCACCCCUCAGUCGCUCACUUCCCAAUCCGCACACAUUCAAUCAGCCUAAUACUGGAGACGCUCCACCACCACCCCCGAAAAGAAACCGUUUGUCGAACCUUUUUAAGCUCUCACCCGAGAUCUGCUGUAGACGCCACACUGGUCAUGCGCUCUGCUUCUCUUGCUGCCAACUUCGGAUCCCAGAUAUAGCUCUGCGCCAAGACUCAAGAGAUCGCGCGCGCUCAUAGCAUCGGAAGCCAACAUUACCCUAGAAUAAAAAGGGCGGAGAGGGGAAUCUGAACCUUUCCCACCCGGGCUCACCCGUUUUGACGUCACCUAUCAAAGCGUAAGUACAUGCAUACAGUAGUCUCCA